AUGGACGGGUUCAGCGUACCGGAGUACCAGGCGACACAAGAUGAGGGACACGUGUUUAUCGAUGUUCGAUGUGUUGCUAGGAUGGCAGGUGGAUGGACGGGUAGGCAGAAACCGAACAUUGCGGUGGAAGGAAGGAUCUUUGGGUUGCAUUUCGAUGCGUAUUACUUACCGCUUGUGCUGCCGGGUAGCGUAACGAGGCCGGAUUCGGAUGCAGAGGCUGUGCGCCUCGUACAAGCGGCCAAGUGCGAAUCGAGCAGCUCCAAAGAGCACGUGUCGUGGCGAGUGACGCUCAACAAGGUGCAGCCUGGUGAGCAUUUUGACGGGUUGGAACAGGUGCAGCCGCAACUCUUACCGGAAGACCAGCUGAAACACGCAUUGAUGGAUGCAGAACAGUCCAAGGGAUUCUUCGAGCCGCCUCUUGCCAGUGCUACAAGCUCAGCGGUGGGUGUACGGGCAGUCGAGGGUGCAUCGGUCGACGAGGCGGCUAGAGCACUUUUGCAGCAAGCCAUGCAGAAGCAGGGCUUGACAUCGGUCAACGACGAUGAUGGCGAGGGUUCAAUGGAGGAUCGCAUGCCAGUGAUGCAGAAUGUGGGUCCAACGAACGAAGUCAGCAGUGUGGAAAGCGGAGGAGGGCUCGGGUUUGGGUUCGGCUGGAAGGGCAGCUUUGGUGGUGCGUUGAUUCCGGGCGGCUGCGCAGACAAGCGGAAUGUGCUCGAAGUGUGCGAUCCGAAGUCUGUAGACCCGGUAGAGCGCGAGAAGCAUGCGAUAGCGUUUGAAGAGGAGAGAUGGGAUGAAGGGAUAUACAUGGACAACUUUCUCGAUAUCGACGAUGAGCUGGCGCCUGUGCUGCGCUUUCAGCCCACCAUCCCCCCACGCACGACGUCGUCUGCCGCCUCGUCAGCCGAUGCAAGCGUCGACGUCGAGACAAUAGCGUUGGUGCUACAGCUGGUUUUCGCAUACAGCUACGACGAACGCACGAAUCAAGCCGAUCCUACAGUCGAAUCCGGCUGGACUAUCGCCAAGCUCUCCCGUUGCCUCUCAAGCUCGGUUCCUGCUCACCCAACCAAUAGCACCUCGUUGGAAUCCGUCAUAUUGUCCACGCUCAUCGGAUGCGUACGUCGAGCGCUGACCAUGCCGCUCUACCGACACUGGCAACUAGCCAUCGCGUGCAUCCACGACACGCUCCAUCAUCUCGACGCUGGCCAAUCGCACCUGAUCGACUGCCUCGUCGCCAUCGAAUCCCGCCUCAAAACUGGUCAAGAUGACGUGCUUUGUCGUUUAGCAGAGAUCUGGCUCGCACCUUUGAUAGCGCACGUGCCAACCACUGCUCAUUUGGACGUAGCAGCAACGUGUAUCAGGUCAGUGAUGCGAACAGGCCGCGUCAUUACAAAGGAGAAUGUCGGCCAACAGUGGGAUCUGCAGGUGUUGGAAGAGGCCGCCCAGCAAGCGUACCAAGAUGGUGAGGGAGGAUUUGUGUGA